UCAGAAGCUGGCAGCAUGAUUCCCAUGAUCCCAGUGUUGACACGUUAACAGGCUGGUAAACCCAGAGAUUCCCUGCUGACGAUGCCGGCGUUCCACAAUAUAACCAUGAACGAACGGCCUUUAAUUUAGGGCCUCGCUUGCCCGUCUUCUGGAAAUUGUCUUUAUUGAGCUUGGCAGAACCGCUCUUACUCCCAGAUCAUCCUCCUAACUGCUCUCACUCUUGCUCGUCUUUAGUCAACAUUCCCUAAUCCUCGUAAUAUUGUCGAAAGACAUAGACCGCCGUUGGCCAUGUCCUCCCCAUCCUCUACGACCUCAGGGAAGCGGAAGCGGACCACUGCUUCGGACCGACUCAAGCCCACCACGGCCGACCUCCAGCAGCCUUCCUCUCGCGAUGCUUCCGGUGAGGAGCUGGCAGAUUCUCCCUCGCAUAACCUGCGGAACCGCAAACAUGCCUCUAGCAUUUCCAUGGAUACCAGCGUGCCACCUAGUAAGAGAGCACGUACUCGGUCUGGCGCGAAGUCGGUCGAACCGAACGGCGAAGAUGAGGACCUUGGAGAUUCGAGUGCAGAUGAGGAAAACGAAGAAUCUGAGAAGACGGGCAAGAAGACACAGCAGGUUCCCAGCUCCGUCACCAAGGCCUUCGUCGCUGGGGAAGAAGGAGCUAUGUCAGCUCCACCAAAGGCAGGCUCGAGAGAUCCUGUAGGAGGUUACAAGACGAAUCCUCCACCAGUGGGCAGACCUGUCAGGGUGUAUGCCGAUGGAGUCUUUGACCUGUUCCACCUUGGACACAUGCGGCAAUUGGAGCAGGCCAAGACGGCUUUCCCAGACACAUACCUUAUCGUUGGAGUUACUGGAGACGCAGAGACUCACAAACGCAAAGGCUUGACCGUCCUUACUGGUGCAGAAAGAGCAGAGACCGUCCGCCAUUGCAGAUGGGUAGACGAGGUCAUUCCAAAUUGCCCUUGGAUCGUGACCCCAGAGUUUCUGGCCAAGCACGAGAUCGACUACGUCGCUCACGACGACGAGCCCUAUGGUGCAGAUGAAGGCGAUGAUAUCUAUGCACCUAUCAAGAAAGAGGGAAAGUUUCUCGUGACGCAGCGCACCGAGGGAGUUUCCACCACGGGCAUCAUCACCAAGAUCGUUCGCGACUACGAGAAAUACAUCGCCAGACAGUUCAAGAGAGGAACCAGUCGUCAAGAGCUGAAUGUCAGCUGGCUCAAGAAGAACGAACUUGACUUGAAGCGACACGUCCAAGAACUGAGAGAUAACAUCAAAGCCAACUGGAUGACCGCCGGUGGUGAAAUCAGUCGUGACCUUCGGCAACUCUGGCAGAAUGCCAGUUCAAGACCUGCCAGCCCAGCUCCUUACAACAGGCAACCCAGUGAUGGUCUUAAGAGUCCCACGACGGCUCGUGCUGUUGAGCACUUGAAGCAUUUGGAGGUUCCUGGUUCUGCUGAAAGAAGGAGCGACUCACCUGGUAGAUUCAGUCGAAGCGAGGACUUUGCGGCAGGGUAUAGCUUGGGUCUGAUUGGCGGUGUCAAGUCUUGGAUGAUGCGAGGAAAACGUUCCCUUCGCGACUCUCAACCUCCAAGCCCCUCCGGAAGUGAGGAUGAUGAGGCUAGAAGCCCUGUCAGCAAGGAUGGUGAUGUAGGCCUCGGAUUGGAUACACCCCAUUUCGGUCGUGGCAGGAAAGGCCCGGACGUGUCAAAUGAAGAAGAGGACGAGGAAGACGAGUCCAUGGAGGUCAGUCACUGAUCUGCCUGGUUCAUCUGUAGACAGUACAGGGGCAUUCCACAGUCGCUCGCUCGUUGGAUUCAUUUCGUUCACCCGUAGUGUUUGAGAGGCAGCCGGUCAUGCAGCAGGCGGGUUACAAAAGCACAUAAGUACGAGACGGCCCUUUUCCAUCAUUAGUAUUUCGAUUGAACAUCCGAGUCUUACAUCAAAUGGUCACAGCAUGCGCUGUAGGCUGCGGAUAGCGUUUGCCC